GCCACAUUCAUAUUUACACAGAAAUGUCUGACUUCAAGACCGCCACCAACCUCACCGAGAGCACCGCCGCCGUCGAUGCCACCGGCUCGUUCAGCGUCAAGACCGGCCUGGCCCAGAUGCUCAAGGGCGGAGUGAUCAUGGACGUGGUCAACGCCGAGCAGGCCCGCAUUGCCGAGGAGGCCGGCGCCUGUGCCGUGAUGGCGCUGGAGCGCGUGCCCGCCGACAUCCGCAAGGACGGCGGCGUCGCGCGCAUGUCGGACCCGCAGAUGAUCAAGGAGAUCAUCGACGCGGUCACGAUCCCGGUCAUGGCCAAGGUGCGCAUCGGCCAUUUUGUUGAGGCCCAGAUCAUCGAGGCUGUUGGCGUCGACUACAUCGACGAGAGCGAGGUGCUGACGCCUGCCGACGACACCUACCACAUCGACAAGCACGACUUCAAGGUGCCGUUCGUCUGCGGCUGCCGCGACCUGGGCGAGGCCCUGCGCCGCAUCUCCGAGGGCGCCGCCAUGAUCCGCACCAAGGGCGAGGCUGGCACCGGCGACGUCAUCCAGGCUGUCAAGCACAUGCGCACGGUCACCAAGCAGAUCAAGCACGCGCAGUCGCUGUCCAAGAUGGAGCUGUACGACUACGCCAAGGAGCUCGGUGUCUCGCACGAGCUGCUCAAGGAGACUGCCCGCCUUGGCCGUCUGCCCGUGGUCAACUUUGCCGCCGGUGGUGUUGCUACCCCCGCCGAUGCUGCCCUGAUGAUGCAGCUGGGCUGCGACGGUGUGUUUAGCGGCAACCCGGCCAAGCGCGCCCGCGCUAUCGUCAAGGCCGUCACCCACUUCAAUGACGCCAAGGUCCUGGCGGAGAUCUCCGAGGACCUCGGCGAGGCCAUGGUGGGCAUCAACUGCGACUCGCUGGCCGAUAACGAGCGUCUCGAGAAGCGCUAA